AUGAAAGAAUUGCGUCAACGUUUUCCAUUUGUUGAAGAAGGAUUAUUAAUGUCAAAAUUAAUAGCUUAUUGUUCAAAAGAAGCCCAUUCUUCUGUAGAAAAGGCAGCAAUGAUUGCAAUGAUAAAAUUGAGAAUAUUGGAAACUGAUUCGAGUUUUAGACUGAGAGGGGAAACUUUACAGACUGCCAUAAGUGAGGAUCGCAAUCUUGGAUUAAUCCCCUUUUUUGUAUCAACAACCCUUGGAACGACUUCUUGCUGCUCGUUUGAUGUUCUUUCUGAAGUUGGGCCUGUUUGUACACAUAAUGGUUUGUGGCUACAUGUUGAUGCUGCUUAUGCUGGUUCUGCAAUGAUUUGUCCAGAAUUUCGAUAUUUAAUGGCCGGUAUUGAACAUGCAAUGUCUUUCAAUACAAACCCAAAUAAAUGGAUGUUGGUAAAUUUUGAUUGUUCCACAAUGUGGGUGAAAGACCAAUUCAAAUUAACCCAAGCAUUGGUAGUUGACCCUCUCUAUUUGCAGCAUAGUUGGACUGAUAAAGCAAUAGAUUAUCGUCACUGGGGUAUUCCCCUUAGCAGACGCUUCCGUUCUUUAAAACUUUGGUUUGUUAUUAGAAGUUAUGGUGUUGAGGGCUUGCAACAUUAUAUUCGAGAACAUGUUAGGCUUGCAAAACUUUUUGAAUGUUUAUUGUUGGCAGAUGAUCAAUUAUUUGAAGUUGUGGCUGAAGUACUUAUGGGAUUAGUAUGUUUUAGAAUGAAGGCAUCAGACGAAUUAAAUCAACUCCUUUUAACAAAAUUAAAUAGCAGUGGUAGAAUACAUAUGGUACCAGCUUCGUUAAAUGAUCGUUUUGUAAUUCGUUUUUGUGUAUGUUACGAAAAUUCAACUGAAAGAGAUAUACAUAUUGCUUAUGAAAUAAUUAAACAAACAGCAAUCAGUUUAAGAGAACCAAUACCUGAACCUAUAGCAGAAAAUUAUGAAUUAGAAAUGGAAGAAGCUGAACAAUACGAUCAAAUGAUGCAGGACAAGCAAAAAAAUAGAAAUUCACCAAAUGUUGAAUUAAAUAAAAAUUCGUCUUUAAGACGUCAAUCAAUAGGUUCUACAAUUCCUUUACAUCCUCAGCAACAACCACAAAAUUUGGGCAAUUCUCCUUUGGCUGUAGGAAUUGGAAAUGAACAGACUUUGAGUGGACAUUCACCAUCUUCUUUAACUUCAUCAACUGGAUCGGAUCGCCGUAGACUACAUACUUUAGCUGAAAAACGUUCUUUCCUUGUUCGUAUGGUUAGUGAUCCAAAAUGUUACAAUCCAAAAAUUGUUCGGCAUUUAAAUAUGAGAGCACAUAAUCAAACAUCUGCAGAACUUUUUAGAGACAGAACAUUGAGACAAGCAAUUCAACAAGGAAGUUUUCAACAAAGAAGUAGUUUGGGUGCUGGAGGAACAUCCCAUGGUGGUAGAAUUGGAGGGGCAGGAGGAAAAGCACCUUUCAGCAGUGGAAAAUGUUUGUUUAAAAUUAAAUCUUUUUUAAUUGGAAAUUAA